GAAUCCUUCCACUAAAUAAUGAAGAUGAAGAUGUGUUUGAAGAUGAUUUUAUUUUUGAUGAAGAUAUUUUUAAUGAAGAUGAUGAAGAACUUGAAAGGUUAAUUUCCCUUCUUCCAAAAGAUAGGGAAGAGGAACAUGUAAUGGACGAAAUUGAAUUUGUGCCAGUAUUAGAAAAAGUUAGUCCAGUAGAAGCAGAAAAUGCUGUAGAUAAAAUUAUAAGAUUUUUAUAUGAGCAAGAGGCGGAAUUUGGGGAAUACGAAAAGCAAAAUACUAUAAAUAUCUGA